AUGCAGCUUGGACACAGUGCCACCGUUUCUUGUCAUCUGAACUGUUCUACAGUCACAUGGUGGAGUAAAGGCAUAGAGGUUUUUCAGAUUUUUAAGAUUUUUGAGUUUUCUGAAGGGAAAUGCACUGUAGCUCCAGAGUUUAAGGACAGGACUGAAUGUUCUGAAGAGAAGAUCAGAGGAGGAGAUGUUUCCCUCACUAUAACUUCUGUCGUGUACAAUGACCAAGGCUGGUACUACUGCUCUUGUGAUGGAAAGGACCAGUGUAAUAGGAGGAUUGAGGUACUAGUUCCUACCACCUUAAGUAUCUCUUUUGGAGGUAAGGCUACACUCCCUUGCUACGCUGAAACAGACAAACGGACGGUGGACUACUCUGCCUAUGUGCUGUGGGAAAAGGACGAACAGCAGGUGUUGAAGCUCGAGAAUGGAAAUAUGUCGUAUGGUUCUGGAUUUGAGCAGAGGGCCACAGUGUCAACAGAAAGCUAUAGAAAGGGUGACCUCUCUCUGACCAUCGAUUGUGUCACAUUCUCUGAUUCUGGAUUAUACAGAUGCUCCCUUAAGGACGGAGGACAUGGAUACCCCGGCGCCAUCAUUCUGGUUGUUGAAGGUUAUUACAUUUCCAUUGUCUUUGACUCCAGCAGCUCAGGAAGUCGUGUCACACCGUGUCACACCAACAUUAUCAUAGCCAGCGCGCUGAGCUGCGGGCUGCUGCUCAUGGUUGUCACCAUCAUUGUCGUGCAUGUGAUGACCAACAUAAAAAGGCUUCAGCUGUGA